AUGUCUGCCUCUACCGCCACCGCCUCCACAUUGUCUGACUCUCCUCGCCCGGGGCGUCUCCGCCGCCUUAGCCAGCUACGCGCUUACACCCAAAAUCUCUCUUCCCCCAGUGGGCAACGGGCUCGCAAUUCUCUGAGUAGCCGAAUCCCCUGGUUAUCGCCAACUUCUAGCGAAUUCCCUCAAAGCCAGGGGACAUCUACUUCAUGCCCUGACGAUAAUUCUCCUUUGUCUCGCUACACGUCCGCGCCCACUGGUUAUCGAGCCGAUAGCCAAGUCUCAUCCGCUGAAUCUGCAUCUCCCCCUCCCACCGACUCGAAUCGCUCGACUGAAAUGGCUCGACUCCGAAGCGUCUCCGCCGUUUCUGGCCGGGCACCACGACUGGGGCGCACUGCGACCCCGGAGUCACUGACCCAAAUACAAACCGCCCCAGUGCCAGCCCCAGUGACCACCCCGUCCCCAGAGCCAACCACGGCGAGCGACGCAGCGGAUCUACCCAUCUCAACCCUCGAUGCGCAAUCACCAGACGCACCCAAACAGAGAGCCACCAUUCGGUUCUUCCCCUAUCAGGAUAGCUACCAGAAUUCUCGCCCCUCAUUACCCUUUGUCCCCAUCUCCCGGACCCUACCAUCGGAGAGCUGUGUGAUUCGAGUGGGUCGCUAUUCUGAGCGUGAUGGUAUUCCCAUCCCCAACCCCGUUGAGCCGUCAGAUGCUCCUGUGGGCUUCAAAUCCAAAGUGGUCAGCCGCAAACAUUGUGAAUUUAUGUACGUCAAUGGCCAGUGGCAUGUUAAAGAUGUAGGCAGUUCGUCCGGCACGUUCUUAAACCAUAUGCGUCUGAGCCAGCCGAACAUGCAGUCUCGUCUGUAUACCAUCAAAGAUGGCGAUAUUGUGCAGCUAGGAAUUGAUUUUCGGGGCGGCGAAGAAAUGAUUUUCCGCUGUGUGCGCAUUCGUAUCGAGUGCAAUCGCUCUUGGCAGCAACAACCAAAUGAGUUCAAUAAAAAUACGGAGAGUCUCAUCAAAAAUUUGGGAAAGGGAGAGACCGCAGAUUAUUCUGGCUGCCGAGAAUGCUCGAUCUGUUUGGGCUCGGUUUUGCGACCUUACCAAUGUCUGUUUAUGGCUGCAUGUGCCCAUGUUUGGCAUUAUAAAUGCAUCAGUCGCCUUCUCCAUUCCCCCGACUACCCAAUGUUCCAAUGCCCCAAUUGUCGCGCAUUUACAGACCUAAGCGCCGAAGUCGACGACACUAAUGACUACGAGCCCGAGAGCAAGGAGGACAAAGAAGCGCCAGCAACUACCGAAGAAAACGGACCUGCCCCUCGUUCCGAGACACAGUCGCCAUCAAACGCUCCCUUAGCCACUGAUAUGCCGCACCAGCAAGAUGCCAUCCCCGAAGAACCAGACUUGGUCACCGACGUGGAGAACAUGCACCUGCAGGAACCGAGGCCAGACGUGGACACGGAAGAUAGCCGAAGCACCGACUCUCCUGCUCCGGAUGGGAGCAGUGAUGAUCUUUCGCGUAGCGCAACGCGCAGCGCCGCCACUAAUAUACCCGGCUGGCAGUCCACUCAACCUCUCAAUGUUCCCCAUGUCUCUCACCUCCGGGCAGAUACACCCGUCCGCUCGGAGACCUCAGAUGACAACCCCCUGACCCCGAGAAAUGAUUCGGGGCCCCUUGCCUUCGACGGUCGUGCAGGCAUGCAAUAA